GCGGCGGGUGAGCGGAUCCGCGUGGGCCGCGUGUGUCCGGGGGCUCUGGGAAAGGGCUGGAGCGGGCAUUGCCCAGCCGGGAAUGCCGCUGGCUGUGUGCCGCCUGGUGCCCGCCGAGAAGCCGCUGCUCCCGGCAGGUUCUGUGGUCCCCCGGUUGUCACCUGUCCCGUCCGAGAGGGCUCUGUUAGCGAGGGCAGGAGGCUGUUCUCCCCUUCCAUCGCUGCAUAUUUCUGCAGGGAGAAGACACCACUUCAAACUACUGCAGGUUCUGAAGUCAGAAAUAAGUUCUUUACGUUGAUGAUGUUCCCUACCUUUUCCCAGUUCUGUCCAGGAAAGAAGAUGGCUCAUCCCAUCCCUCCCCCAUUUCCAUGCCCAGUCCAGCUUGGACGUAUAAAAGGAGACUCCCUGGAAGCUCAGCUGCAUGAGUAUGUCAGGGAAGGGAACUAUGUGAAAGUGAAGAAGCUUCUGAAAAAAGGAAUUUUUGUUGAUGCUGUGAAUUCCAUGGGCCAAACCUGUCUCUUCACUGCUGCACUGCUGGGCCUGGGUAAAAUUGUGGAUGUGCUGCUGGAAUAUGGCUCAGAUGCCAAUCAUCGUUGCUACGAUGGGAGCACCCCAGUGCAUGCAGCUGCUUUUUCUGGAAACCAGUGGAUCCUCAGCAAGUUACUGGAUGAGGGAGGAGAUCUCCGAGUCCACGACAAAGGGGGGAGAACUCCCCAGGCCUGGGCUUUGUCAGCCAGCAAGGAGAGCAGUGCUCAGAUGUUGGAAUUUAUCCAGCAGUGCUCACUGCACAUGCAAGCUGCCAUUUGGAACCUUCCCUCUGAUCUGCUCAGGAAAGUUGGUUCCUCAAAGGCCUUGAUCUGCAGCCCCUCGAGGUUUGGUGGCCUUGUCCAAGGAAAUGCUGAGAUUCCUCUGGGUAAAUUACUGAAAGGACACCCCAGUGUGGCCAAGAACAUUUACAGCUUUGGUUUUGGGAAGUUCUAUCUCACAGGCAGUGGCCACCUGGGCUACCUGGCCUCUCUCCCAAUUAUUGGGGAGAAAGAUGUGGUUCAGGCUGAUGAUGAAAAAGCAUUUUCAUACCCUGUGGGGCCCUACAUGACCAUGAGCAACUUGGUGUGGGGAGGCAGCAGAGUGACAGUGAAGGAGCUGAGCCUGCAGCCCCAGCAGGGCAGGAACCUGCAGCUGGCUGAUCUCCUGCUGGCAGAGCAGCAGCACAGCAGCAAACUCCGGCACCCUCACCUGCUGCAGCUGAUGGCUGUUUGUCUGUCCUGUGACCUGGAGAAAACUCGUUUGGUCUAUGAGAGGGUUCACUUUGGCUCUCUCUACAGCAUCCUGCAUGAAAGGCAUGCAGAGUUCCCAGUGCUGCAGACAGAGACCGUCCUGCUCGUCCUGCUCCAGGUGAUCGACGCCCUGCGCUUCCUGCACUCCCGGGGCUUCGUGCACCGCUCCCUCUCCUCCUAUGCCAUCCAAAUCGUGUCCUCUGGGGAGGCCAAGCUCUGCAACCUGGAGCACAUGAUAGACAGCAAGGACAGUGGAGAGCACAGUGAUCUGACCCGAAUUCCUGUCCCAGUGCAGCUGUUCCGCUGGUGUUCCCCUGAAAUCAUCCUGGAGAAACCUGGGACAGUCAGAUCAGAUCUUUACAGCUUCUGUGCAGUGCUGCAGGAGACCCUGACAGAGAGCCCUCCCUGGAAAGAUGUGGAAGACUCAGCUAUUAAACAGCUCAUCCUUUCAGGGCAGCAGCUGGAAGCAGAUGCCAGGCUCCCCCUCAUCUAUUAUGAUGUUGUCAAGUCAGGGCUGGAACCCAAACAGAGGAACCGCUCCAUGAAGCUUCAGGAUAUUCAGUAUAUCCUGAAAAAGGACUUAAAGGACUUGGUUAAGUCUGAAGGUGGAGUACCCAAAGCACAGAGAUCUGCUCUUCUUGCAGAUGUGAACAUCUGCUGGGCAUCAGCUUUUAGCUUCAAGAAGAGGACAGUGGAGAUCCAGGAAAAAGAGAUAAGCAAGGCUGGUGGCUUUUCUGCCCCCCAAGACCCUGCUUUCCCCAGGGAGAGCAGUGCCUUGGUGCUGGAGGAGGCAGCAGCCAGUGCAGAGCCAGCUGCACAGGACCAGAGUCUCAAUGUCUCCUCUGAGCUCCAGGCAGGAGCUUCCCACUCCAGUGAGAGUGAUGUGGAUGGCAGCCUGUGCAGCUUUGAGAUGAAUGAAAUCCUGGCCAGUUACCCAGAAGGGCCCCAAGACUUCCUGGAAGGAGGACCUGGAUUAGGCCAAGCUCUGAAGGAUGCAGAAAGGCAGCAACAGGAAGAUGGGAGCCCAUGGGAGGGUGAGGAGGAGGAGGGGGAAUCCUUGGGGUCCAGCACUGCGUUCUCUGGAGAGGAGGAGGAGCUGGAAGAAGAGGAGGAGGAAGAAGUGGAGGAGGAAGAAGAGGAAAGGGUGAGAGAAGCCUCUUCCCUGUGCCAGGUGAGAGGAGAUGCUGGCAGGAGGCUGAGCAGCCCUUCCCAGAGCGAGCAGCACAUCAGCAAAUGUGCCCUGAACAUCAAGAUCAUGCAGAGCAUGCUGCAGCAGGCAGGAGAUUCCCUGAGCAGGGCAGAGGAGAAGCUGGACAGGCUGAAGGCCAUGGGAAAGCAGGAAAAGCUGCUCCAGGAAAUCAGGAUGAAUCUGCUUCCUAAGGAAAGUUCUAAAGGAAGACUCUGGAAUGGGUCUGAUGCUCCUUCCCAAAAUGCUGAUAAGGCUUUUUCUGGAGUUGAUGUUUUUUUACAUAAGGCUGUGGCUCCACCAUCCAGGGACUACAUCCCACCAUCAGUAACAUGCCAAGCAGCAGGCAGAGACCAUUUCCAGGCUGCUCCCAAGACUGCCAAGGAAAGAGAGGCAAUUCAAAAUGAGAGGUGGAAGAGCAAAACUGGAACCAACCAUCGUGAUCCGGGCUGCAGAGGCCUGGAUGAUGAAGUGAGCCUAAACCAGGAGGCAAACCAGCAUUUCCUCCCACACGUGUCUGCGAGAUGCCAAAAAAAGUUCAACUUGCAGUGUCAGAGAGGAGCUGAUUCACAUCCUGCAGCAAAGAGGGAAGAGGAGAAGUGGUGCCAUUCAAAACCAAGGGCUGAAUUCUGCAGCAAAAAAAACUGUGAGAAGAGGAGGGGGAUGCAGUUGGGAUGGAGGACUGAAGUCAAGCAGAUGGCCAGAAGAGUGGCCUCAGGACAGCUGGGGCUCAGCUGUGCUUACCCUGCCAGUGAGUGCACGUCUGAAAGUGAAGCUGAAAGUGGCAGGGAAAGCUCCCAGCACGUCCCUGCUGGAGCCCCCAGGAGGCAGGAGCAGCAGAGCUGUGGGUGGCAGCCAGGUGAGCCCUGGGACCUGGGCACUGAGGACAGAGCUGAGUCUGGGGACAGCGAUCUGGAGCCUGCACUCAGGAGUUCCACAGGGAGCAGCUGCCAGUCCCCAGCACCAGAGGAGCAAACAGAGUCUGGAACAGCCAUUUCUGAGAGUUCACUCCUCCCUCAGCCAGCUGAGAAUCUCUCCAGAGGACAUUCAAGGGAAUUACAUUGUUCCCUUAAUUCACCUCCUGAUGUGACUGAAGAAUUCUUCACUCCUGAUUAUCUCCUUCCUCCUGCUCUUGAGGAAAGGUCAGAACCAGAGACCUCAAAUGCUGAGGGCAAAGCAGAAGAUGUUUGUGCAGGAUUUUUACAGAAAUUACCUGGAGAUGCAGCAUCAGGAAUUCAGGCUCCAGGAGGAAAAAUACUAUUCUGCAGCACAGCAGCACAGAGCUGUGGCAGUAACAAGCUGGGAGUGAAUCAGCUGGGCCAAAUGCCUGGAGCCAGGGUGGAUGCAGCACGAGAAGCAGCUCUGUGGGAGCCACAGGAAGAAUGCCAAGAAAAAGAUGUAUCAGUGGCAGAUAUUCAGGAUCUGUCCAGCAUCCCCUGUGAGCAGAACUUCCAGAGGGGUGUGGAGUGCAGAACACCUCGGCUGAGCCACGCUCCCAGCAGUGUCAGCACCCCCCUGGGCUCAGAGGAAAAGUUUCCAUUAGCCUUUGAGAAAUACAAACACUGCCGUGAAUUUUCUUCAGAUUCUUCCUUUUGUGGCUCUCAAGAAACCUCCUCCACAGUGUUCAAGACUUUCACCACAGCCUGUGAAGGGGAGGGGAGCAUGGAAAUUCCAGUGGUGACUCCAAGAGUUUGCCCAUUUGGACUGAAAGAGCCUGUUGGGUUGCCACCAAUUGCUUCAUCCCUGAGAAACACCAGGCAGGCACCUGCACUCUCAGAGGCAUCUCCCCCCUCCAUUGAUGAGCUGCCUCCACCAGCCCAAGAGCUGCUGGAUGAAAUUGAACACUUAAAGCAGCAAGAUUCCAUCACUGCAGGAUUGGAAGGGAUGGGAUUGGAAGACUCUGGAGUGCAAGUGAAUGCUCUUGAUCAAGUAAAAAUGGAAAACAGAGAGUCAGAGAAGGAAUCUGAGAGAAAUGAGAAGACAGAUCAGAGUUUAUUGACUGAGGAGUCAUUUAAUCUAGCAGAGGAUACAGAAAGGGCUCACUCCAGUCUUGAUGAUAUUUUGGAAAGAAUGCUGCAUGCAGUUCCUGGAGAUGAGGAGAUCCAAGAGCAAGCUCAGGGGCACAUUCUUGGGGCUGCCAGCCUGCAGGAUCCAGAUGAUGCUGGAAGGAAGAAUGGAGUAGAGGAGAGAGGAGCCUGUGCUGGAGGCAGAGCACCAGGAACUUCAGCAGAUGAGCACCCCAAGGAUCAGAAAUCCCACCCCCAGCAGCUGGCUCGAGCUCCACCCUUCAGGAUAAUUGUUUUGGAUGAGAGCUCUCUCCAAGAUUAAAACACAGAGUGAAUAAGUUCUACACAUCACCUGCUUGCACAGUAUUCAGUCUGUGAAUUACAGCCCUUUUUGGCCACAUGAAGCUCAGACUUCCUUCAACAGCAGCAGCAAAUACAGAAGAAAAUCUGAUGCUCUGUGUCCUGAAAUGGUUUGUACUGGUUUGAUGCCACUGCUGCCUGCACAGGCAGUGUCAAUGUUGCUAUUUUUCACUCUCACUUCCUUAUAAAACUGUUAUUUUAUUUCUGCACGUGCACAUUUUCAUGAGCUAAAGAAUUUCUUGCUCUGUUGCAUUAUGCAGUUUUCAGAUUAAAGACAAAAUGAUUGUAAUUCUGUGGGCUGCUGGUGCUGCUCAGGCACUGAAAUGUUUCCAUGCUGGAGUGUUACAGCCCAUGUAGUGUCUGUUUUUCCUUGCUCAUUAAAUUUAACAAGGUAAUUUCUUGUUUUCUCUUUACUUAGUGCUUUUGUGAUCUAGUGUUGAACUGAUUUGACUGAUUAAAGGGAUUAAUUGCUGUGCAAAAAGCUAAUGAGGAAAAGGCAGUGCUCUCCAGAGAUUGCAAGUGCAGCAAUAUGUUCCCUGCCAGACAGGAAUGUGAAAAAAAAAAGUGGUUGUUAUAAAGAUACCUGAUGUUUAUUUAAUUCAACCACAUUUUGGUAGCCCUCAUUAAAAAAAAAAAAAAAAUCCC